AUGCGUUUUAAAUAUGCUUCCAUGGCGGUAUCAGAUAUUAUCUGGGAGCUUGACAUGGAACUGAUGAAAUGUGAUCUUUUCCAGGGCAAAAAGCAAUUGUUUGAUCUGGAAGGAUCAAUUGGUGAACCACCUUGUAUUUUAGGUGAUCUGGUAUUACCCGGCGACAGAUCCAAGAUACAGGAUAGCUUUCACAGCGCUGCGGCAGAUAGUAAUUGUUCGCUAUGGAGCGCGGAAUACCACGUAUACUCAAGAAAAAGAGAAAUCCGUGAUAUUGUAAACAAUUGCAUAUUUGUCCGCGAUAAGCAGGGAAAGGUGCACAAAGCCAUCGGGGCAAUCACAGAUAUUACAGAAAAAAAGCAAUUGAUUGCUGAACUGUAUGACCAGCAGGAGAGGGAACACCUGCGGGUUACCGCCGCAACAUUGCAGGUUCAGGAGGCUGAGCGAACCUCGAUUGGGCAGGAAUUGCACGAUAAUGUGAAUCAAUUGCUGGCUGGUACCAAAAUGCUGUUAACAACGCUGAUUAAACAGAAUGAAAAAGCCAACGGCGUGCUUAAUGAUUGUGUUUUAUACCUGACACAGGCCACAGAAGCCAAUCGGAAAAUUGCACAGGCGUUUGUAACUCCUGAUUUUAGCGAUGCAGAUUUAAUCAGUCAGUUGAAGCAUUUGACAAAUAUCAUGUUCAAGUCUACCGGCGUAGAAGUGGUGAUUGAAGCCAGCGCUGCUUUUGAAAAACUACUCAAUGAUGAACAACGGCUUGCCUUGUACAGGAUAGCGCAGGAACAAUGUACCAAUAUCUCCAAAUACGCCAACGCAAGCGAGGUACGGAUCCGAUUUACUAUUUUAUCCGGACAGGUGGUAUUGACCAUCUCCGAUAAUGGUAUUGGGGCAGUGGAAUCUAAGUAUGCCGGCGGCAUUGGGCUCACUAAUAUUAAAAACAGGCUGCUGCUGUUGGGAGGAAGCCUGAAAAUUGACACAUCAGAAGGAGCUGGAUUUCAGCUCACCGUACAAUUCCCUGCCGGGCAAACUAAAUCCGCAUUAAAGUAA